AUGGUUUAUUCUACUAGACAAAUCGGUGCCAAACACACCUUGGAAUACAAAUGUUACCUUGAAGAAGAUGGUAAGCCAAUUUCUCCAUUCCAUGACAUCCCAUUGUAUGCUGAUGAAGAAAAGCAAAUUUUGAACAUGGUUGUUGAAAUUCCAAGAUGGACUAAUGCCAAACUUGAAAUUUCCAAAGAAGAAAAAAUGAACCCAAUCAUUCAAGACACCAAGAAGGGCAAAUUGAGAUAUGUUAGAAACUGUUUCCCUCACCACGGUUACAUCCACAAUUACGGUGCAUUCCCACAAACUUGGGAAGAUCCAAACCACAGUCAUCCAGAAACCAAAGCUGUUGGUGAUGACGAUCCAGUUGAUGUUUUGGAAAUCGGUGAAACCAUUGCUUACACCGGUCAAGUUAAACAGGUCAAAGUCUUGGGUAUCAUGGCUUUGUUGGAUGAAGGUGAAACCGAUUGGAAAGUUAUUGCCAUUGACAUCAACGAUCCAUUAGCACCAAAGUUGAACGAUGUUGAAGAUGUUGAAAAAUACUUCCCAGGAUUAUUGAGAGCCACCAACGAAUGGUUCAGAAUCUACAAGAUCCCAGAUGGUAAGCCAGAAAACCAAUUUGCCUUCAGCGGUGAAGCCAAGAACAAGAAGUAUGCUAUGGAAAUCAUUAGAGAAACCCAUGAAUCUUGGAAGCAAUUGAUCAGUGGUAAAGCUGUUGACAACAAGGGUAUUUCUUUAGCCAACACUACAUUAGGUGAUGAAUUUUCUAUCAAGGAUGUUGCUGAAAUUCCAAGUGCUGCUCCAAAGGAAGAUGCACCAAUUGACAAAUCUGUAGACAAAUGGUUUUUCAUUUCAGGUUCAGCUUAA